ACUUGAUUGCUUCUCAUGAGAUGAUUUCCCACCUCGCCCUGCAGUCAAGUUCGUUUCUGAUCCGCCAUCUCGCCACUCUUUACCCGACAUUUUUCUGAUUUUUAUUUUUUAUUCUCUUGUUAUUUCGGAUUCUGGAGUCUUAUCUAGGUGUAGUAUGGCAAACCAAAAAAUGGGGUAUGGGAAACACAUGAAGGAAAACAGGUCUCUGAUUCCAUUCAUUUUGGGCAGGUUUCACAAGGCGUUUGGCACGAGACUGGGAUGGUGUGCACUUGGAGGAGGAUGUCAUUACCCUCUCUCUGUCUCUUUCUCUUUUUAUUUUCAUUACCUACCUAUGAUGAGGAGGACAGUCAUGAAACGACAUUUAGCAUUCGACUUGACUUACUUUGGUCCAUUACUUUCAGGUCCUAAUUUCUCAUAUCCUUUUCGUUCGCGCUGGUUUCUCACAUAUCACAGUCUACUCCUCGCGGUUCCUUGGUCCCCGUCCUUCUUCUUCUUCUUUUACAUGGGUUUCAUUCUUUUCAGUUGCAGAUUAUUCAAGUUAUGACGAUGAGUGGCUGUGAUAGAAUGUGACGAUAGGGGGAUCACGGAGACUGGCAUAGGAAGGUGACGAGUAUCAAGUGUAUAAUGACUGAGAUGUAUACCUUACAAAUUCAUAUGAACUCUCACGGGUCAUC